AUGGAAAUCAGUGUUUUGUUAGAAAACGCAAUUCUAAAUCCUGAUCAAGCAGUUAGACAAAAUGCAGAACUUGAAUUAAGGAAGCUUUGCGAAAACGACUUUGUUCAAUAUGUUGGCUUGUUAAUCCAGGUGUUGGGCGAUGAGUCAAAGAGAACCGAAAUCAGAAUGUUGGCUGGUUUAAACGUCAAGAAUGAGUUAACAUCUAAAGAUCCCUUACGUAAACAACAACAAGCUGAAAGGUGGAUUCAGAUCAAUACUGAAACUAAAGAACAGUUCAAACAUAUUGCAUUGUCUACGCUUCUAUCUAAUGACGAAAGAGUCGCCAAUCAAGCUGCUUCCCUAGUUGCUGCUAUUGCGCAUAUUGAAUUGCCAAGAAAUGAAUGGCCAACUCUAAUGGAUAUUAUUGUCGAUAAUACCAAGACGGAAAAACCUGUCAAUGUUAAAAGAGCCUCUUUAUUGACGAUUGGUUACAUAUGUGAUUCAUCUGAUCCUAACAAUUCCGUACUACAAUCAUACUCUAAUAACAUUUUAAUUGCGAUUGUACAAGGUGCACAAUCUGCAGAGCCAUCAUUAGUUGUCCGUAAAACUGCACUCGAGGCUCUAAUGAAUUCUUUGGAAUUCAUUGAUGCAAAUUUCCAAAGAGAAGGCGAAAGAAAUUAUAUCAUGCAGGUGGUUUGUGAAGCAACAACUUCAGAUGAUUUUGAACUACAAGCUCUAGCGUUUGGUUCUCUAGCUAAAAUUAUGAGUUUAUACUAUGAUUACAUGUCCGUUUAUAUGGAAAAAGCACUAUACAAUUUGACAGUUAAUGGUAUGAGAUCACCAAAUGAUAAUGUUGCAUGUAUGGCUGUUGAAUUUUGGAGUACUGUUUGUGAAAUCGAACUAGACAUUCAAAUGAACCAGGGAGAUGAGGAAACCGCUCAAGAAAACUUUGUUUCUUACAAUUUUGCUCUUAUUGCAUUACCUGAUGUUUUACCUGUGCUAUUGUCGUUGCUAACUAAACAAAACGAUGAUUUGGAAGAUGAUACUUGGUGUGUUGCAAUGGCAGCGGCAGCUUGUUUACAACUAUUUGCACAAAACACUACCAAUUAUGUUGUUCAACCUACUUUACAGUUUGUUGAAGCUAAUAUUGGCUCAAACAAUUGGAGAGAAAGAGAAGCAGCGGUUAUGGCAUUUGGCUCUAUUUUAGACGGACCAGACAGAAACGAAUUGAAGGGAUUAAUCACUCAAGCUUUGCCACCAAUUUUCAACUUAAUUACAGAUGAAAACUUGCAAGUUAAGGAGACCGUUUCUUGGUGCCUAGGUAGAAUUGCGGAGUUAGUCGUUGAUGCAAUUGAUGUGAAUACCAUGUUACCGCCAAUUAUUGAUGCGUUGAUUAACGGUUUGAAGGAUCAUCCAAAGGUCGCAACUAACUGUUGUUGGACUUUAAUUAAUCUAAAUGAGCAAUUGAAUGCACUGAGAAACGAUUCUUCGAUCAAUGUCUUUACAAGCUAUUUGCCACGUUUGAUUCCUGCAUUAUUGGAAUUAUCCGCGUCCACAGAAAACGAACACUCAUGUAGGACUUCUGCAUAUGAGGCAUUAUCUACUAUUGUUGUUUCCAGUGCAGAUUGUGAUAAGCCACUGAUUUCACAAAUUGCAGGCGAGUCACUUCAAAGAUUGAACCACAGCAUUGGUUUACAAAUGCAAUUUCAAACUGGUAAGCUAAUUAUGAACGGUGAAGAGAAGGCAUUACUUGAAGAACUACAAUCCAAUAUUUUAUCAUUAUUAACAAAUAUUAUCAGAAGGAUUGGCGAAGGUAUCAUCGAGAACUCCAACGAGCUAAUGACAAAAUUUUUGGAAUUAUUACAAAUUCAAACAGAAGAUUCCAUCAUUGAAGAGGAUAUCUUUAUGGCGAUCUCUGCCAUUGCUACUGCAAUAGACAGACAUUUUGAAGCUUAUAUGCCAACAUUUCUACCAUUUUUGACCAAGGCGCUAAAUAAUGUUGAUUCACCUAUUUGUGAUUCAGCAGUUGGAUUGGUUGUUGAUAUCUGUCAUGCAUUAGGUGACUCAUUUAUCCCAUACUGCCAAGGUUUUAUGAAUAUUUUAGGUCAAAUCAUUACAAACAUUAAUGUUAGACGUGAAUUAAAACCAAUCAUUUUAUCUUGCUUUGGUGAUAUCGCUUCAUCAAUUGGACCUGAAUUUAGUCAAUAUUUAGAAGUCGUGAUGGGCAUUUGUCUGAAUGCACAAACAAGUGAACCGUAUGACGAUUCAAUCGAAGCUGAAGACUACAUGUUCUCAUUACAAGAGUCUGUUUUGAAUACUUACGUCGGUAUUGUUGCAGGAUUACAUGAUAAUCCUGAUCAAUUGUACAACUAUUUGCCCCAAAUAUUCAGCUUCUUAACUAUUAUCUAUUCAAGUCCAAUGUUGAUCAAUAACGAUGAUGUCUACAGGGCUGCUGUUGGCUUGUUAGGUGACAUUGCCCAAAUCUUCCAUUCCCAACCAUUAGAAUAUUAUGCACAAGAAUGGGUUACCAACUUUUUGAAACGGGCUAAACAAAGCUCCAGAUACUCUCAAAGUACCAAAGAUACAGCAAAGUGGGCUAGAGAUCAACAAAGAGCAAUGGUUUCUUUGUUGAACUCGAAUUAG